UUAAACCCAUCUCGCUCCCGUCUCCCCGUCUUCCCUUUCCCCGAACCCACACUGACGAACUCGGGGGCAGACGAAGCGCGCGACGUGCGCUUCUUUCCUGCUUCCUCCUCUCUUCUCUCUUUUUCCUACUACCAAAUCGCUGCAAAAUCCCUUAAUAGAGAAUUCAACCGAGGAAGCAUAGCCCAUUCCCAUGCCCUAAUCUCUCUCUAGCUCAUGGAAUCCAGUGUUGUCUCUCUCCAUCUCACCUCCUCCCUCCUCACUCCCUUCCCCUUCCAUUUCUCCCGUUAUUGCCUUCCCCUCUCGCCCCCUUUUUUCCGCUCCAAACCCUCUCGCCACCGUUUUCGAGCUGCUAUUAAACCCUUCAUUCCUCCCUUCCCGCAUCCGUAUCCUCGCGUUUCUGCUUCCUUAACUCCUCCCGAUCAUCAGUCCUCGGAAAAGUCGCCAGAUUUAUCAGGAUUGUGCGCCACUGUUCUCCAUAAUGCUCGAAAGCCUCUAUCUUUCUUGUUCUUCUGCAUCGCGGUUGGUUUCCUCCCAAUUCCUACUGCUGGAAUUCGUGCCCUUGCUGUAGCGGCUACCGUGCAGUCGAGGAAGGAAAAAACACGGAACAGUGACGCCUCUAUGGAUCAUGAGUUUUCAGAGUACACCCGGAAACUGCUUGCUGAUGUUUCAGUUCUCCUGCAGAGAAUCGAGAAGGUGAGAUCCUCGAGAGGAGAUAUGGAUGGCGUUCGGGAGGCUUUGAGGGCAGUGAAGAAGAAGAGGAAGGAGGUUCAGGAAGAGGUUCUUAGGAAGCUGAAUUUGGAGUUGAGGGAGUUGCAAAGGGAAAAGAUGCAACUGGUGAAACGGUCUGAGGAUAUUAUGAACUCAGCUUUGGCAAUGAAGAAGCGGCAGGACAAGUUGUCCAGAAAAAAGGGUGAUGGUGAUGGUGUGAGAAAGAAUGUGCAGGCUCUGGAGAACAGCUUGGUUGCUGCAGAGAAGGAAUACAGUGAUAUCUGGGAGAAGGUCGGGGACAUUGAGGACAGGAUCCUGAGGAGGGAGACAUUGACGUUCAGCAUUGCCAUUAGGGAGCUUUCAUUUAUUGAAAGGGAGUCCGAACUCUUAGUGGAGAGAUUUGGCCGUCGGUUGAAACAGGACAGUGUUGCAAGUCCAUUGAAGGUGACAACUAGGCUGUCCAGGGAUGAUAUCAAGAAAGAACUAGAAACAGCCCAAAAUGAUUAUUGGGAGCAGAUGCUGCUGCCAAAAGUUUUGGAAGCUGAAGAUCCUGAAAUCGAUUCAGAAACCAGUACUGGAGGUUUUGUUUCUAAUAUAAGAAGAGCUCUUAAAGAAUCCAAACAGAUGCAAAUGAAUAUGGAAGCUCAGUUAAGGCGAAAGCUAAAGAAGUUUGGUGAUGAAAAUCUUUUCCUUGCAAAAACUUCAGAGGAUGAGGUGCUGAAGGGUUUUCCAGAGGCAGAAUUGAAGUGGAUGUUUGGACAGAAAGAAUUUGUUAUUCCCAGAGCUGUUAGUCUUCAUUUAUUUCAUGGUUGGAAAAAGUGGCGGGAGGAAGCAAAAGCAAAUUUGAAAAAGGAAUUACUAGAGAACAUGGAUCAUGGUAGGCAUUACAUGGAUCAAAGAAAGGGGCAUAUCAUCAAGGACAGGGAGAAGUUGAUGACAAAGACAUGGUACAAUGAUGAAAGAAAUAGGUGGGAAAUGGAUCCAGUGGCUGUUCCUUUUGCUGUUUCCAAGAGACUAGUUGGAAGAGCUCACAUUAGGCAUGACUGGGCUGUCAUGUAUCUUACACUUAAGGGUGAAGAUAAAGAAUAUUAUGUUGAUCUCAAGAAGUUUGACAUACUUUUUGAAGAUUUUGGAGGAUUUGAUGGCCUUUAUGUUAAAAUGCUUGCAUCUGGAGUUCCAACUUCUGUUCAGUUGAUGUGGAUCCCAUUAUCAGAGUUAGAUAUUCGCCAACAGUUUCUCGUGCUAACAAGACCUCCUUCUCAGUUUCUGGUUGGUCUGUGGAAGUCAAGCAUUGUAUCUUAUAUGAGAAAAUGGUCUUACUCAAAAACAAAAGAUAUCAUUGAUGAUCUAAUGAUCAUUGUUGGUUUUCCUCUUGUAGAGUUUAUCAUUCCUAAGCAGAUAAGAAUGAGUUUAGGCAUGGCCUGGCCUGAAGAAGCAUAUCAAACUGUUGGCGCCACAUGGUACCUUGAAUGGCAAUCUGUGGCUGAAUUGAAUCACAGAUCUAGAAAGAAAGGCAGCAUCUGGUGGUACUUUUGGUUUUUGAUGAGAAGUGCCAUAUUUGGAUUUCUUUUGUUUCAUGUCUUUCGAUUCUCAAAGAGAAACAUUCCAAGGUUUCUUGGAUAUGGACCAUUGCGUAGAGAUCCGAACUUGCGGAAAUUUCGGAGAGUGAGAUUUUAUUUUAAAUAUAAGCUAUACAGAACGAUACGGAGGAAGAAGGAAGGCAUUGAUCCAAUAAGGUCUGCAUUUGAUCAGAUGAAGAGGGUGAAGAAUCCACCCAUUCGACUGCAGGAUUUUGCUAGUGUGGAAUCAAUGAGAGAGGAAAUUAAUGACAUUGUGACAUGUUUACGGAAUCCCACUGCUUUUCAGGAAAAAGGAGCACGUGCUCCCAGAGGAGUCCUAAUUGUUGGUGAGAGAGGUACAGGGAAGACUUCACUUGCAUUGGCCAUAGCUGCAGAAGCAAGAGUUCCUGUUGUUCAGGUUGAAGCUCGUCAACUAGAACCUGGUCUCUGGGUUGGUCAAAGUGCAUCAAAUGUUAGGGAGUUGUUCCAGACUGCAAGGGAUUUGGCACCAGUGAUUAUUUUUGUCGAGGAUUUUGAUCUAUUUGCUGGGGUUCGAGGUCAAUUUAUUCACACUAAAAAGCAAGACCAUGAGGCAUUUAUUAACCAACUUCUGGUCGAACUUGAUGGUUUUGAAAAGCAGGAUGGGGUUGUUUUAAUAGCUACCACUAGAACUCUUAAACAAAUUGAUGCGGCUUUGAGAAGACCUGGCCGCAUGGAUAGGGUAUUGCAUCUUCAACGGCCAACCCAGAUGGAAAGGGAAAAAAUAUUACACCUAGCUGCCAAGGAAACAAUGGAUGAUGAGCUUAUUAAUUUUGUUGACUGGAAGAAGGUUGCUGAGAAGACAGCUUUGCUAAGGCCGAUAGAAUUGAAGUUUGUGCCUUUGGCACUAGAGGGUAGUGCAUUCCGUAGCAGGAUUCUUGACGCAGAUGAAUUAAAUUCCUAUUGCAAUUGGUUUGCGUGUCUGAGUAAAACUGUUCCCAAAUGGUUGAGAGGGACCAAAAUUUACAAGAGGAUUAGCAAGUCUCUAGUUAAUCAUCUUGGAUUGACAUUGACAAGGGAAGAUAUGGAAUCAGUUGUUGAUCUAAUGGAACCCUAUGGUCAGAUAAGCAAUGGGAUUGAAUUAUACAGCCCUCCACUUGAUUGGACAAGGGAAACAAAAUUCCCUCAUGCUGUAUGGGCAGCUGGACGUGCUCUGAUUGCUCUUCUUCUGCCAAAUUUUGAUGUAGUUGAUAAUAUAUGGCUUGAGCCUGCUGCUUGGGAGGGGAUUGGAUGUACAAAGAUUUCAAAAGCAAAAAAUGAAGGUUCUGUCAGUGGCAAUCUGGAAUCAAGGUCAUACCUCGAAAAGAAACUUGUAUUUUGUUUCGGUUCACAUGUUGCAUCUCAGUUGCUGCUUCCUUUUGGGGAAGAAAAUUUCUUGUCCACAUCUGAACUUAAGCAGGCACAAGAGAUUGCCACACGGAUGGUGAUUGAAUAUGGAUGGAGUCCUGAUGACAGUCCUGCCAUUUACAUCACUAGCAAAGCAGUUGGAGCUCUCAGUAUGGGGAAUAGCCAUGAGUUUGAGAUAGAAGCAAAAGUUCAGAAGAUUUAUGAUUUGGCAUAUGAUAAAGCUAAAGAAAUGCUUCAGAAGAAUCGUAAAGUCCUUGAAAUAAUUGUGGAACAAUUGCUCAAUUUUGAAAAUUUGACAGGAGAGGAUUUGCUGAACAUCCUUAAGAAUAAUGGAGAGAUUCCAGAAAAAGAGCCAUUCUUCUUAUCGAAGCAGUUUUAUAAGAAGCUUAAAUCUGGAAGCUCUCUUGAUGAAAGUGGGGAUGCAGAAGUAUUGGACCUUUUGGGGGUUGCAACAUAAAGGGGCUGCAAUUUUGUAAUUUGCACAUUCCUCUAGGACAAUAGGGACAAGGAAGAUUAUAAAAUGUGACUGAAUCUGGCUAUAGAAUUUUGUCUUUUGAACUGAAAAUCUUUCAUCUUUGGGAGUGUUUUUUCCAUGGCUUAGCCAAUGACUUGUACAAAUUGAAAGCCAUCUCAAGGAAUAAGUCUGCAACUUGAAAGAAAUAUUAGUUUUUCUGAUCAACCAGAGUUGGGGCACCUUUGCCGUCGUGUCAAAUUUGUAUCAACUGCAGCUUUCACAAACUGGUACUACUAAUAUUCUAAAAACAUGCCGAAGUUGCAGGCUGGAGAAAUUAUUGUGUUCAAGAACAUUGGUGCCACAGUAAGGUUGUUCUUUUGCUUGGCUGGAAUUCAAGUCAUGGAAAGCGAACUUUUCUGCCUGCAGGGAUAAGGUUUCAUGUUGAUUUUUUCUAAACAUCACAUUGGCAAGAGUUCUGUGCAAUAGGCUGACUGAUUUUCUAUACCAAACUAGUGGUAUGUCUCACAGCUCAGAUUUAUGUUGUUCUGCGUUUCCAAAAGCAGAAGCCUACUGCAAAAUAAUAUAUCAUUCAUGUAUCUAACAUAGUCCAAUUAUGUUGCUUAAUAUGCCUUAAGAGAUGAGAAAUGCUGCCCUGUAUUCCAUCUACUAUAUCAGCAAUCAUUUUGGCUUCAAUAUUAAGAUUGAUCAGCAGCAAGCCCCACUUCUAAUUCGA